AAUCCUGUCAAGUCAUGUGAUCCGCAUUUGUGAUAUGAUUGGCUAAUGUCUCUUCCUGGGUCCUCCUCCGGAGCAGCUGUCUAUGCUUGGGACAGUGACUCGCGUCUGACACCAUGGAUAAGGAUAUUUCGCAGGUGAUCGUGGUUGGUUCCUGUAUGACUGAUCUUGUCAGUAUAACCCCUCGCCUGCCUAAGGCCGGAGAGACGAUACACGGGAGCAAGUUCUUCAUAGGAUUUGGGGGCAAAGGAGCAAACCAGUGUAUACAAGCAGCUCGGCUCGGGGCUCGGACAGCCAUGGUCUGCAAGGUCGGUGACGAUUCUUUUGGGAACAACUACAUUGAAAACUUCCAGAAGAAUCAAGUUUGCACGGACUUUGUGGCUCAGACGGCAGCAGCGGCUACAGGAGCAGCCUCUAUAAUUGUGAACGCAGAAGGUCAGAACGCUAUUGUUAUUGUAGCUGGGGCCAACCUACUGCUGGAUUCCGGAGACCUAGCGAGAGCGUCUGCGGCCAUUUCUAGAGCCCGCGUGAUGGUCUGUCAGCUGGAGACAAGCCCACCAGUGUCCCUGGAGGCCUUGAAGGUCGCCCGCAGGAGUGGGGUUAAAACAAUUUUCAACCCGGCUCCAGCCAUAGCUGACCUAGACCCUGCUUUCUUCACCCUAUCGGACGUCUUCUGCUGCAAUGAGAGUGAGGCGGAGAUAUUAACAGGUAUCCAGGUGAAUAAUGCCGGAGAUGCGGGAAAGGCCGGCUUGGCGCUGCUGGAACGUGGCUGUAACCUGGUCCUGGUGACAUUGGGAGGGGAAGGAUCUGUGAUUUUAUCAAAGGAGGAGCCAACGCCCAAGCACGUAGCGACACAUAAAGUGACAGCUGUGGACACUACGGGGGCUGGAGACAGUUUUAUUGGGGCUCUGGCUUUCUAUAUGGCACGGUAUCCUCAGCUCAGCAUGGAAGAAAUGGUGAAAAGGUCAAACUACAUUGCGUCGGUGAGCGUGCAGGCAGUGGGAACGCAGACAUCCUAUCCGUACCGGAAAGACCUUCCUCAGGACUUCUUCUCAUAAAGGAAAUAUGGGGGAAUGUAAAGUAUGUCCUCUACUCCAGAACCUUCUAAGGAAGCUCAUAAAAUGUACGCUAAUUACGGUGAACUGAAAUGACCUCUUCACUGUACAAUAUAGGGCAAUCUCUGCUCAUUGAAACCAAGGUACUCCCAAUGCUGAGAAAUGCAUCCCCCAAACAGUAAUACCCUGAUGCAUUUUAACAGUUCGGUGUGUAGUACCUUCUACUGCCAGCAGGUGUCAGUGUUGUUGCCAUUUAGAACCGUUUAAUUUUCUGUACAGGGAUGACAAUAGUGACACCCUCAGGCUAUAUAGAGGUAUUACACAUCACAAAUAUAUGUGUCAUAGGAAAAAUCAUCAGCAGGACUACAAAGCAAUGCAACUCUUUAGAAUAGUAAAAUAAACUGAUUUUGAUUACAAUUAAUUUCAAACAAAAACAUUGAGUGUAUAAUGCAGUAUGUGCCAGCUGUGACAUCAAUGCAACAGAUGAUGAAACAUAAUUUGUAAACCAUGUUGGUGCUGUAUAAAUAAAGGUUAACAAUAAAAUAAUACAACCGUGGUGUCCUGGUCAA